CAUACUGACAUUGUUUGACAGAUUUGUAAUUUGUAUUCCAUUUUAUACGGAAAUACAUCAAUUUUAUAAUUAUAAAAGAAUAUUUAGUUACCAAUUACCACAAAUUAGUAAUAACCCAUGGCUGCGCCAGCGUCAAGAGUAACGAUCGGCCAACUUCUCAAACAAGGAUGGAAUGAAAUUCCUGAAAUUCUUGCUACAACAGGCCUAGCUUUCGUUGGUAUAGGUUUGGCCACAAUAGGAUGUUACAAUUACACAAAGAAUGAUGGAGAUAAUAGAAGGUACAAGAUGACCUACGUUAUAAUGAGACCCGACGAUCCAAGAGUGCAAAAGAUUCGAAAGGACUAAAUUAUAUUUGUUUUGAUGUUAGUAAAUCACUAGUGUGUAUUAUGUAAUAAAACUUGCUCUUAUUGA